CUUAAGAAGGUGCUGUAGUGAAAAAUGAUUUUAUCCGUCGUAUUAUUAUUAUUGGCAGUUAUCUGGACGGUGCAGUACAGGUUCAGAAGGAGGAGAAUGUAUGAGUUGGCGUCAAAGAUCUCACAUCCGAAAGAUGAGUUGCCGUUGAUUGGUGUAACACAUAAAUUUAUGGGAAAUACUGAAAACAUAAUGAAAAGCUUGAAGCAAUUUAGUUAUGAAGCCAUGGAGACUGAUGGAGUAACUAGAGUGUGGCUUAAUCACAUACUUUAUUUUGUUAUGGUGAACCCAGGAGAUUUGGAGGUUGUGUUAAAAACAUGCAUGGAAAAGGAUGAUUUACAUAGAGUUAUACGUAGCAUUAUCGGUAAUGGCACCUUAUUUGCACCAGUUUCCAUUUGGAGACGUCGCAGAAAAGUUUUAAUCCCAGCGUUUAGCCCAAAAAUUGUCGAAAGCUUUGUAGAAAUAUUUUCAGAACAAAGCCAACAUAUUACACAUAAAGUGGCACGUAUGUGUGGAUCUGGAACAGUUAACCUUUGGCCGAUAGUAUCAGCUUAUUCUUUAGAUGCCGCAUGUGAAUCAACGGCAGGGGUAAAAAUAUAUGCGCAGUCCAAAGCAAACUCACAAUUCCUAACUUCGCUGGAGGAAGGUCUAAACAUUGUCUGUGAAAGGAUGUUCCAUUUGUGGCUGCAAGUGGAGUGGCUGUUUCGUCUGUUACCUCAGUACACAAAAUAUCAGAAAUGCAUUAAACAUGUACUUGAAUUUUCAGAUGAGAUUAUCCACAACAAACGAAAAGAAUUAAUGAAUGACAAGCAAAGCAUUACAAAAUGCGACAAUGAUCGUUCUUAUGAUUUUGGUGAUUAUAAAAGGAAAUCUUUCCUUGAAUUAUUAAUACAUUUGUCUGGUGGUGAAAAGGGGUAUACGGAUUUGGAACUUCGUGAGGAGAUUUUAACUAUAAUUAUAGCUGGAACCGACACCUCUGCAGUUGGAAUGGCGUUUACCCUCAUAUUGUUGGGAAAAUAUCCAGACAUCCAGCAAAAGGUAUAUGAAGAGUUAAAAGAAGUGUUUGGUGAUUCCAAUCGCCCAUUAGUGAAGGAAGAUUUACCCAAGUUGAAGUAUUUAGAGAGAGUGGUGAAAGAGUCUUUAAGGUUAUUCCCUCCAGCGCCAUUUAUUAUUCGAAAAGUGGAAAAAGAGCUUACUUUACCGUCAGGCGUGACUAUUCCUAGUGGUUCAGGGAUAUUUGUUUCGAUUUUCGGAGCUCAUCGCGACCCCAAGUACUGGGGUCCGGACGCGGAACAUUUCGACCCCGACCGGUUUCUGCCUGAACGAUUCAACUUGCAGCACGCCUGUAGCUAUAUGCCGUUUAGUUACGGACCACGGAAUUGUGUAGGUUAUCAGUACGCCUUAAAGUCAAUUCAGACGGCACUGACAUCCAUAUUACGAAAUUAUAAAGUUAUCGGAGAACCAGAAAAGGGACCCAUUCCAAACAUAAGGAUCAAGGUAGACAUCAUGCUGAAGGCAGCUGAAGGGUUCUACGUGAAAUUCGAAAAAAGAAAACCUUGUUAGAGUGACUUCCUUUUUUGGGUCGAGUGCUAACGAAUGUAUCAAAACAUUUAUAUCGGUUUUUUUUAAUAUAACAAAUAAAUUGAUGGAAAAUCUCACGACGACGAAAAAUGUUACUCUAAAUUAAAACGUUAAAUAAUACAUUUCUAUGAGCACCUCAUUUUUCAUGAGCACCUCCAAGAUUUUUCAAAAGUAUAUAUUAUUUUGUAAGUUGUUUUAAUUUUAAUUCUAAUUUAAGGUUUAAUUUGGUAGUAGGUUUAGUGUACUUAGUUUAGUUUAGGUUUAGUAGGCAGGUUCUCUGACAUAAAAU